GUUCAUACCCCAAAGAGCUUCGAGAAAAAACCAAGAGAAAGAAAUGAUGAGAUUGAAAGUUACAUUUGUGCUAUUCCUUUGGAUUCUUCCGCUUGCCUUGGCAAACCUUAGGGUUGGUUUUUACAGAAGAAGUUGUCCAAAUGCCGAAUCCAUAGUUCGAGCAGCUGUCCGACGACGUUUAACCCGUGAUAAAUCCAUCACUGCAGCCUUGCUUCGCAUGCAUUUCCAUGACUGUUUCAUUAGAGGUUGUGACGCAUCCAUUCUCAUAGACUCCAACAGAAAAAGUUCAUCGGAGAAAGAUGCCGGGCCAAACUUGACGGUGCGUGGAUUCGACCUCAUCGAUGAAGCGAAGAAAGCUCUAGAAGCCACUUGCCCUUCAAAAGUUUCAUGUGCAGAUAUCAUAACACUAGCCACCCGAGAUGCUGUAUUUCUGUCGGGGGGACCCUUUUAUUUUGUCCCAACAGGGAGGCGGGACGGUCUGGUCUCGGAUCCUGACGAAGUGAACUUGCCAGGCCCUACAUUGACUGUUUCAGAGGCUUUCCAAGCUUUCAGGGCUAAAAACAUGAGCAUGGAUGAUAUGGUUACCCUUUUGGGAGCACAUACAGUUGGUGUCGCGCAUUGCAGUUUCUUCUUGGACAGGAUUACAAGACCUGAUCCUACAAUGGAUCGUGGUCUGGCUGCAAAGCUAAGGAGCAUUUGUGGUGCAGCCAGUGGUUCCAAUCCUGACCCUACAGCAUUUCUGGACCAGGCCACACCAUUCGCAGUGGAUAACCAGUUCUUCAAGCAGAUAGGGUUGAAGAGAGGGGUAAUGAAGAUCGAUCAAGAGUUAGCUAAUGAUCCAUUGUCGAGACGUAUCGUAUCGGGUUUUGCAGCAAAUGCGACUCUAUUUAGAACUAGGUUUGCUCAGGCAAUGGUGAAGAUGGGAAAUAUCCAAGUUCUUGUUGGAAACGCUGGGGAGAUUAGGAAAAAUUGCAGGGUUUUUAAUCCCAGACGAAGGAUCUGAGCCUUUUAAAUUGUGUUUGCAAAAAGCGAAGACGAAGUUGCUUGAUUUCUUAAAGCUAUUUUUACUAAUAAAUAAGCCGAGCUCCAAGAAAAGAGUAACAUAAACAUAUAUAUAGCUUGGAAAUAUUCUGUUUGAAA